CUUACAUUUCAGUGGGAGGAGAAGCUGAGAAAGGGAGGGGAGGUGAUGGCUGCUUUUGGGAAGGGUCCUGAGGAGGUGGGGAAGCGGCUCAAGCAGGUUGUGAGCAGACUCUGAGUCUCCUGACACUUCUCUGCUUCGUGGUGAGGUGUCUCCCAAAGUCUGCAGGCUCCUGGGUUGGCAGGGGAGCAGAGGGAUGCUGGCACCUGGGGCAGCCUCACACUUUGCAGGCAGCAAAGAAGUCCUUGAAGGGUUCAGGAAGGUGAGAAGGGCCCCAGGGCGGUGGUGGGGAAGGGCCGAAGAGAAAGAAACAAGGAGAAAUUUCCCUGCCAAAGGCUGAGGGUUGCAGGGAAGAGGACCUGCUAUGAGCUGGGACAGCGAACACACUGUUGCCAGCCUGGAAAAUGAAAGCCCAUCACGCUUUCUGAGACCCAGUUCUACCAGCACUUCUGUGGAGCUGGUUUUAACACAGUGGAGCGGAAAUGGUGCGGGUGACCGCCUUCAGCUCUGAGCUCUGCUGGGUGGUACUAGCUGCUACCUCAGCAAUGGACCUGCACCCCUUGAGGCCGACGUCUUCAUCACCCAAAUCUCAGUCCUGGUGAAAGGAAUUCCAAAGUUUCCCUUGUGCGUGAUGAAGAUGGCUUUUGCCAGCAGCUCCAUCGCACCAGCUGACGUUGCAAUACGUUACAGCAUAGAAGUCAAAAUGCAAGUAAGAGCUGAAGACAAGAAAUAAAUCUUCAAAGCUGGGUGCCCAGGUUACCGAAUGCGGUGGUUUUACGGUACCAACGUCCCCGUGAAGCCACGGUUGCACUGUCUGAGACCUUAUAUACAGCAUUUUGUAAGAAACGGAGGGGAGAACCUAGCAGGCUCCAGCACCCACAGGCACGCCUGAAGCGGGCGAUGGCGCGAUCGCAGCCGUGCUGCUAAAGCAGCGGGUCAGGGUUGAUGGCCAGGUGAAACACAGCUGGCUUUGGUGUGUGGAGACCUUGUUAAUAUUAACAACAAGGUUAUGCAGCACAGCCUACCCCCUGGGGUAUGCAGUAGGUCGUUAGGGGAUUUUUAAUUAGUGAUCUCUGCAAACCCCUCCUCUUUAGGAGUGGUUAAUUUGUGCAACAAAGCCUCACCUGCGGGGACCAUGCACCGUUACCCAAGAGGUCCACAUGGCAUACAGCUAUGAGUCAGGGCUAUGUUUACGCAUGUAUAUAUAUAUGUAUGCAUGCAUAUAUACGUACGCUCCACUUGCCUGACGCAAUGAAUUGGGUUGUUUGACAUUGCAGUGCUGCUAACAGCAUAUAUAUCACAGCAGUAGCAGCAAUAAUGAUCUUUGCUGGCCGUGCAAGCCUGGAAGGGAAGGGGCUUGCUGAUCUGGUGUUUUUAAGUAGGCACCAAAAAAGAUAAAAAAAUGAGCAAACCCUAGAGGGAAACUGGUUAACGAGAAUGUCACACCGAUGCCAGAGGCUUCGUGCCUCAUCUGCAGCGGUGUGUGACCUCCUCCCAGGUUAGCUGCAGCCCUGAAUCAAGGCUUGCCUUCUCCUGCCGUAUUGGGGCAGUGCAAUAAGAGAGGGAAGGGUGACAAAGAAGAGAGGGGCAGGUAAAACUGGGGUAGAGUUAAAAGUGCUUAAAAGAGUCACCCAUGUCAAUCCAGGCUGGUUCAGAGCAGCCGUUGACCCCUGGUUUUUACGUGCAACAGGGAGAGGCCCCGGUGGGAGAUGGGGCUACAGGCACAAAGGUAUUUGGGUGCCUGACGAGCCGACUAGGCAGAUUAGAGAGAGGCAGAGAUGUGAAGGGGCUUGUGCAGGGCAGGAGGAGACCCUCCGUCUCUGAGAGCGAGAGAGGGCUUUGCAGAGUUUGCUGUAGGUUUGAACGCUGCUGAGCGGGACUGAGAGCAAACCAACCUCGCAAGGACACAGGGAGCAUCGUGCAGAUAAAGCAAUCCUGGCAGGGAGGGUAGCGGAGAGCCCGGGGUAGGGGUGGAAAAACAGUCCCAUGGGAUGGAAAAUGCUCGCGGGCUUGCAGACAUCGCCGGCUGCAUUAACUGGCUCUACCCUGUGCAACCCCAGAUAACUGCUGGGAAGCUCUGUGAUUGCUCCAGCAUCAAAAAAAAAGAUGAAACGAGGAUCAUUUUAUCCCAGGACAGGUGCAGGUACCAUGAAAAAUGUCUCUGCUAGGCUCUCGGUUGGAAAACCCUGCAGCCCCUUGCUCUUGCUCUGCCCUGCCCAUGCCACCAUCGCCCCGUGUGCCUGGUAGGGCCGAGCCUUGGAGAAACACAAGCGGGAGCCUUGGAGCCUCCUGCUUGCAAACAACAUUUGGAGGACUGAAAUUAGGGCAAAAAAAGCUGAUUUGGGCACCUUUGCUGCUGCAAACAGGCAGCGAUAACUGCUGCCCCCCUUCCUCUGAGUUGGCAGAGGAGAGCCCAGGAAAGCUUGGCUUUUCUUGCACCACGCACGCGGUUACUCAGCGUCUCCCUGGGUUGCCUGACCCUGUUUUGUCCUCGUCUCGGGAGCGCAGAAGCAUGCGGGAGGCAGAGGCGUGUGCAGGGCGAUGGGCUGGCCGGGACUGGCGUUACCACUGUACACGGCACACCCAGCAACACGCCAACACUGCGCUGGCUGCUCCGCUCCGCGUCCCGGGGCACUCAGCCUGUGCGGGAACCCCUUCUGCAUCUGAAACUAUGCCCUUUUCCGUAGACUUUUACCAUCCGCCGCACCAGCCCAUGCCUGCGGGGAUGCCAGGAGCAUCCCCAGGACUCACCAUCCCGGUGGACAUCCCCCCCUUCCACUUCCAGCCCCGCCGGGUCGGCGUGGACUGGCGUCGCUUCGGUGCCAUCGACGUGGAGCGGGUGGCCCGGGAGGUGGACGUGGCCGCGCUCCAGGACCACAUCGCCAGCGUGACCUUCUGCAACCUGGAUGGGGAGCGGUGCCCCCACUGCGGGCAGCCGGCGGACCCCGUCCUGCUGAAGGUUCUCAGGAUGGCCCAGCUGAGCAUCGAGUACCUGCUGCAUUGCCAGGAGCGCCUGGGCACCAGCCUGGCCGCGCACGCACAGCGCCUGCAAGCUGCCCGCGCCGAGCUGGCUUGCGCCCAGCAGCAGGCAGCAGAGCAGGCAACGCAGCUCCGGGGGGCAAAGGAGGAGAGCAGGAGGUGGAAGAAGCUGAUUGCCACGCAGCAGCUCCUCCUGCAAGCUGGCCCCGACACUUACUGCAAGUGCCACCUCUGCGGUAAAGCCUUCACGAGCGACUCCUUCCUGCGAGCCCACGUGCAGCGCCGGCACGCAGAGGCCACCGAGGCGGAGAGGCAGAAGAUGAAGCAGGUGGAGCAAAUGGAGGAUGAGGUGGAGGAGCUGAAGGCAAAACUGCGGGAGAUGCAGCAGCAGCUGGAAGUGGAGAGGGAAGCGGAGAAGCUGCGCAGGGAACAGGAAAUGGAGAGAGCUCGCCAGCAAGAAGAGGACGGCAGGAGAGAUUUGGAAAGGUGGAAAGAGGAGGAGAGGACAAAGCUGCAUGAAGAGAUAGAUGGCCUGAGGCAGCUCUUCCUCGCAGCUUUCAAGGAUGUGGCCAGCAGGAGCAGUGCUGUGGAGGGGAAACUGCAAGAGCUUUGGGUCAGAGAGGCAGCGGUGUCCAACCUGGGGACCCUGCAGAACGAUGAUAACGAGGAGGCACGGGGUCAGACACCAAGCUGGGCAGAGCUGCGGGGUGAGCGGGAGAGGAUGGCAGUGCAGCUGAAGAAAGGGAAGAAGACACUCCGUGCCGCCCCAUCGCAGGAUCAGCAGGUGGUUAUGGACCAUGUCCAUCAGCAGAAGGAUGCUCUCAGCACCUGGCUCAGGGGGCAGCCCAAGGUCAUGAAGUCCCAGGAGAAGAAGAUCAAGCUGCUAUCUGCGAGCAAACCUGAAGUGACCCAGGAGGUGACCAAAAGGGUGGCUGUUGAAGAGUCAUCAGACAGGGAGGAGGCUGCCUUGGGUGGGAAGCAGAGGCUGAUGGAAGCCCUGCAGAGAAACCCAAACCUCCUCAAGCAGUUUCGCCCCAUCUUGGAGGAAGUGCUGGAGGAAAAGCUGGAGAGCAUGGGGGUCAAGAGGGUUGUGAAGGGGAUCUCCACUCGGACCUACAGAAGCCUCCAGGCUCUGGUCAGGCUUCAGCAGCAAGAGAAGGCUGAGAAAUUUCCCGGUCUCCUCCACCUGAGGGAUGAGUUGGUCCAAGCGUUGAUGGGGAAAGUCAGGCGACGCAAGAAGCCCAGCACUAAUUUGCCUCAACAGGUCUUCAUCAUCCCAGCUCGAAGCCCAAAGAGCCCGAGGUCCCUUCGGAGGUCACAGCCCACGGCGAUCCCAGCUGCAGCAAAGCCUGAAGCCUCACUAAUCCCACAGCCUGCUCCUCGGAGCAGAGCCCGCUCCACCCACAGCCCCCCAGGAACUCCCUGGGGCACCCUGAGGACCUCCAAAGCUAGCAGUCCCCACCGAGGACUUGUCCCAUGGCAGAGGGACAGCCACAUCCACGAUGGUGAUGCUCUUGGAGAGAUGCCUGGAUGCAGUGGCACAGAGACCACCCGAUGGGGUGAAACUCUUCCCAGCCCUGAGCUCAGCAUUACCCAAAACCAGCCAGCCCGCCAAGAAACUCCAGGUAUCUCGUGAGAAUGUGGCCACGGGGAUGUUCUCUUGACAUAAUUUGCAUUAAAAAAAAAAAAAAAAAAAGGCAAGUCAAAUGCUUUUUUCGGUUCAUAGCCAUCAGCUGUGCCGCAGGGCAUAGUCUGUUUUCGGGGGGUUCAAACUUAGGGCAGCAGAGACUUGGCCCUUGGCCCCUCCAUCCAGCUUGUUGUUUGUCCUUCCCCUAAUGUUUGUCCAUUCACCCUUUUUAGGUGGAAAAAGAAAAAAAGAAAAAAAAAAAAAUCAGUAUUCAUGCAAUUGGGAGCAAAACACUAAGCACCAGAGAAUCAAAUUGAGAAAAGGUCUCUGGAACAAAUCCAGAGAUAAUUGGAGUGAUGCAAUGGCAAAAUUAUUAAAUUACUAAAACAGGACUUAAACAUAACCUCAAUUUAUGGAGGAGAGCUGAUGUAAUUAAAGUGGUGGCAGUGUCAGAAUCAAAUUGCUUUUUUAGGAAAAAAAAAUUAAAAAGGAUUGUACCCAAGGAAGGCCUGGCACAAAUACUGGGAUUUUUUUUUUUUUCUUGUUGCAACGAUGAUGAA